UUCCGUCCUUUUUAUUCAAAUAUUGAUAAAAACGGAAAAUUUGAGUGUUCAUAUCUCUCUCGUUGGCGUUUCAGUGUCAGUAGUUCAAGCGACCACCAACAAGUGAAUGAAAACACCCGAGUAAAAAUCCAGAAAUGCCAUUAAUAUGAGUUCAAAUCACAAGUACCAGACUUCACCCCCACCCCCGGGCCCAGAGUCCCUCAACGCCUGUUGGGACCACCACAGUCCCGUUAAGUUACAGGUCAGCGUCUCCUUUGCCAACACCCGUAGCCCACAGACACGACUGUAUGACAGCUGCAGCAAAACGCUACAAGUACCUGCGGCGACUUCUAAAGUUCCGUCAAAUGGACUUUGAGUUUGCAGCGUGGCAAAUGAUUUACUUGUUUGUCUCUCCACAGAAAGUUUAUAGAAAUUUUCAGUACAGGAAACAAACAAAGGCCCAAUUUGCCAGAGAUGAUCCAGCCUUUGUAGUUCUUCUUUGCUUCUGGCUGUGCAUAACCUCUGCUGGCUUUGCCGUUGUAUUGAAACUGGGCGUGGGGAGCUUCCUGAGGUUCUUAGUUUAUACAGUGUGUGUAGACACCCUUUUAAUGGGUGUUUUGGUGGCCACCAUUCUUUGGGCUGUAACCAAUCACUAUUUAGUGAAGCCAACCUGCAGGGACCAAGAUGUGGAAUGGGGUUAUGCAUUUGACGUUCACCUCAACGCGUUCUUCCCGCCCCUCAUUAUCCUGCAUUUCUUUCAACUUUUCUUCUAUCAUGUUUUCAUCAGCCAGGACUGGUUUAUUUCACGAUUGUUUGGAAAUCUUUUAUGGGUUUUAGCUAUUGGCUAUUACAUCUACAUUACAUUCCUAGGCUAUAGUGCAUUACCCAUUUUGAAACAGCCAAGAGUAUUCUUGUAUGCAUUACCUCUCCUGGUGGUGUUCUUCCUGUUGAGUCUGGCCUUCGGGAUGAACUUGUGUGGCACGCUCAUGGAUUUCUACAGCUACCGUGUACUCUGAAAACAUCAGCGACUCACUGUGUUGCUGAUGGCCAGUUUUCUCUUUUCAUUUUUUUUUUUUUUUUUUUUUUCUUCUUCUUCUUUUCUUUUUCUUUGUCUCUCCCCUUUAUAUCUCAUCCAUAGGUGUGACAAAAUUAUAUUUAUUUUAUGAAGUUAAUUUUCAAAUUGAAA